GGGCAUUAGUCAGUGGCCACACUUUAUAGCGAUAUUAAGAGUUAAUCAUAGGGACAUUGGGCGCUUGAUCGUGAGGUUAUAUUGGUUCAAAUCUUGAACAAAAGGAAAAGGGGAAAGUCUGGGUACAAACUUUCUGUUAAAGAUGACAAACAGCCCUCUCUUAAAGAAAUCGAAUUGACGCCCGGGCGGCUACGAGCGACAAUUAAUCAACCUAAACUUGGAGGAGAAGUCAGAUCCUGGAACUUUGCUUUGGUUUUCUUAGUAAAGUUGGGAAUCGAACUUGGAAACCAACAGAAAGUCGCCCAGAGAAAGAAAAUGGCGGCUCGCCGAGUCCUGUCGCUUCUUCUCUCCAAACAACCUCGUACCUCCUCCUCCUCUCUUAAAGAAUCCUUCUCCCAAGUUAUCCCUGCAGCAAAUUCGUUCUUCCAAAGAGAUGGACUUUGCGAAAGGGGACUUCGGACAAUUGUAGAAGACCACAAUCGAUCUGUUGAAGACAGUUUAGCUAAAGAGAGCUGCAACUUGAACUCAGAUUCCAGCUCCUGUGAUGCCAUUUCAAGUCCUGUUUCCAAUGAAGACUCCAUAAGACACAGGGUGACGUCGAGCCUGAAAAUCUCCGAAACACAUGAUCUUGCAAUGAUUUUCACAUGCAAAGUUUGUGAUACCAGAUCGGUAAAGACAUGUUCUCGUGCCUCUUAUGAAAAAGGUGUUGUGUUGGCGAGAUGUGGUGGCUGUAAUAAUGUACACCUGAUUGCUGAUCGGCUGGGCUGGUUUGGAGAACCUGGGAGCAUAGAGGAAUUCCUAGCUGCUCGAGGCGAGGAAGUGAAAAAAGGGUCUGCUGAUACCUUAAAUCUGACACUUGAAGAUAUGGCUGGAAAGGAGAAACUUGAUGUCUGAAGGAGUUUCAUAGUUUGCAUGUCGGGAUUAUGACAGUAAAGAUAUCUUUUCGAAACAGAUAGGCAAUAGAGAUACAGAUGUUAACACCAUAGUGUUGAAGUUUUCUUCUUGAGAACUGUCUAAUUGACAGAUUACUAGGGAUUAUUUGCAACCGUGUCCUAAUAGAUGUAUUCCCGUUAGUCAUCGCUGUCAAACCA